UUGCUGUCCAGUGUCCGUUCUCCAAAAUCUUUCAGCAUACCACGAUUCGCGUGUGGGAUAUUGAACCUUUCGCACGACCGAAACCAUACUCGCUAUACGACUCUCAUACGCCCUGAGAGGUUCUACCUCAGUGACCAUUUCCUAGCUCUGGAACACAAGACUAAAGCCACGCAGACUGACACCAUGACUGAACCUCCGUCCCUGUCGUCCCGAGUUCGAGGCGGCCUAGUUGGGCUUGCGGUGUGCGACGCCCUAGGAGGACCUGUUGAAUUCAAGCAACGCGGCACAUUCCCCAAGGUGACAUCGAUGUUACCGAACGACAACUUCGGGGUAGGGGCGGGCUUUUUCACCGACGACACGUCCAUGGCAUUAUGUCUAGGACAUUCUCUGGUGGACUGCCACGGCGAGUCGAGGCUCGUCGACCAAGUCAGGCGGUACCUAGACUGGUGGAAGAAUGGUUACAUGUCGUCUACUGGGAAAACCUUUGACAUUGGGGUGGCUACACUGAGGGCAUUAGAGACAUGGUCACACGAGUUGGACGCAAAGUACAACCACUUGCAGCCAGACUCGGUGGAAGCGGAAGAAGCACUCCGGGAGAUUGAGAAGAAGAUCCGAGACACGUUCUCGGAAGAAAAGUACUGCGGGAACGGCAGCUUGAUGAGAGUGCUACCCACGGCCUUGAUUGCCCGAAGCGAGCCGGAAGCGGUGGAGCUGGCGCGCGAGAGCUCCCUGACCACGCAUCCUCACCUCCGUUGCGUACAUGCAUGUAUGAUCUAUGCCACCAUCGUCUACCAAGCACUCAACGGGGCCUCGAAAACGGAACUGGCUGUGAGCCUAGGCGAGACGGUCAACGACGAUGCGGGCAAUGUCACCGACUAUGAUCUGGAACCGGAGCUUAAAGACCGCUUACAAAGAUAUCGAGCUUUGGGAGACUGGGAGGCUACUGCGGUGGAAGAGAUUAAAAGCUCGGGAUAUGUGGUGGACACUCUGGAGGCUUCUCUAUGGGCAUUUUUCAAGUCAAACAGUUUCGAGGAGGGCGCCGUUCUGGCCGUGAAUCUGGGGGAUGAUGCCGAUACCGUGGGGGCUGUCUAUGGCGGACUUGCGGGAGCCUUCUACGGAAUUGAACAGGUGCCGGAGCGAUGGAGGCGCGAUUUGCAGAGAAUCGACCUGGUUGAGGAGCUCGUGGAAAAGAUCCUCAAGUUCCGAGAGACCAAUGUAUAGAAGCAGCGGUUGGUGAACUUGUAGAAACCAAUACAAGUUCUCCUUUAGCCGAACUCUGAGGAGUAGGCCAUGUUGGUCGCAGACUCGAACACAUGAUGCUUAAGCCGCACAUCCCGCAAUGCUAGUACCAGGUACUGUAGACGAGUGUCUCGGAACUCAGAGUACGCUGUAUAUUCGUUACCGUACCAUCAAUCGAGAUCUAGCGGAUUGACC